AUAAAUAAAAAAAACAAAACAAAAAAAACCCUAAACUCCAAAGAUUCGCAGAAUCAGAAGAAGACGAUGGAGAAGAGGCAGAAGGAAACAAAGAAUUCAAUCCCUCAAGAGAUUAUCUUCCAAGUACUGCAAGAACUUCCUGCAAAAUCAUUACUCAGAUACAGGUGCGUUUCCAAGCUUUGGUGCUCCAUAAUAGACAGCCCACUCUUCAUCACCUCCCACCGUGCUCGAUCCCAUACUCGACAAGGCGGUAUCACAAUCCUUAUGCGUGCACAGCCUCGCCCUAGUCCUGAUCAGCAUCUCACCCACUUCUUUUCAAUAAACCCACAAGGAAUAGAACCACCUCGUCUCCUUCAAACACUGUCCGUUGAUCAUUUUAAUAGCAUACAGUUCGUUAAUGGCUUGGUAUGUUUCAACAACAAUGUGUGGAACCCUAGCACAAGAGAGACCUUAGCCCUUCCACCCACUCCUAUAACCUGUGGAUUAUUUUCGGAUUUCACCGAAUGGAGUGUCUUUAAAUAUUGCAUGUUUGGUUUUGCUCCAAAUAGUAAUGAAUACAAAGUAGUCAACAUAUGUAAAAUAUAUGUUUCUAAAGGAGAUGAAACAGGAAUGGAAACUCGACCAGAACAGUGCAAGGUUUUGACACUGGGUCUCGGGGCUAGAAGCCUAUGGAGAAAUAUUAAUUUUGAUUUUGAUGAUUCUCUCAGGAGUCAUUAAACAAUUUUAGAACUGGGGGAGUGUGUUGUGUUAAUGGAACUAUAUAUUGUUGGGGGCCGAAUGGUCAUGAGGGUAAGAUUUUGGCUUUUGAUGUUGAACACGAGAAGUUUAGAUACAUUUCUCUUCUAGAUGAUACAAAUUUUUGGCUAUGUAAUCCCUUGCAAGUCGGAGAGUGUUUCGCAUUGAUAGAUAACGAUGUCAACAAUGUUUGGAUAUUAGAUGAAAGUUUGGGGGUGCAUUGGAAGAGGGAGAAUUUGAUCAUUCCAGGUAUUUACAAAUCUAACAGUAUUUGGAGAAGGUUAAUUCCUGUUGGUUCAAUUCAUAGAGGUGAUGAGAUUUUACUGCAUCGGUGGGAAGAAGAAACAGGAGGUGAUGAGAUUUUUCAGCAUUCGUGGCGAGGAGGAGGAGAAGAAAGAGAUGAAGAGACAUUCUUAGAAUUGUUUUACUAUGAGCUGCGAAGCAAAAGUUUGAGGAGGAUUUGUUGUAUUACUGAUCUCCCAGGCCUACCCUGCGCGUUUGACAUUGCAACAUUGAAUGUCUCUUUCGCUAAACAAGUGGAAUGCUUGUUCCGGUUGAAGGGAUAAAAGAUUAAAUCCCUAAUUUUUCUACAAUUUAGAAAAAGUGAAUGAAUGAAUAUAUGGAGCAACAUUUAACCUUUUUUGUUAAUCUAAAAUUUUAAUUUUAUUUGUAAGUUAUAUUUAGAAGUUUUAUAGUAGCAGCAAUAAGAUUUUGGUUGUAAAUGACUCUUUGAGUGUUAAUUUUUUCUUUUUUUCUUUUUUUUUUGAUAAUAAAUACAUACAAAUAGCUCUACAAGGCCUGGUAGAUUGAAAACUACUGUCUUUCUUCAAAGAAUAGGCGUCUUACCUCCUUCCACUAGUACCAGUUGUGUUUUUUUGUGAAUCUUUUGAUGAAUCUGUUGUGCAUGUAAUGUUACAUUGCCUAUUUGUUUGGAGAGUUGGGUCAGAUUUGCUAUCAUGGUGGGGUUUGUCCAUGAGAAGUUGUGGAAGGCAAUCCCUUGUGCUGUCAUGUGGCCUCAGUGUGGAAAGCUAGGAAUGAGAUAAAGUUUCUAGGCAUCAGUGUUAACAGGGAAGUGCUUGUGGAUUUGGUUUAGAUAAGAUUGGCAUUGUGGGCUAAGUACAAAAUGCAAAAUCUGCCAUUCUCAAUACAACCUUAAUUCCUUAGGUGGCUGCCCUGUUUAGGUAAUGUUGUGUUGUUGCAUGUUUAGAUGCUAUUUAUUGUUGUUGUUUGUUCUUUCUGCUCUUUGGUUAUUCUGGGCAGUUGU